AUGAAUCCCUAUGAUGUACUCGAUCUUACGCAGAAUGCGGAUGAAAAGGCGAUCCAGAAGGCCUAUCGUAAAAAGAGUCUGCUUAUCCAUCCAGACAAAAUGAAAGACGAUCAGGAACGUGCCGAAGAGGCGUUUGACUUGCUAAAAAAGUCUAUGGAUGCGCUCCUAGAUGAAGGGCGACGCAAAUUUGUUGAUGAGACGGUAGACAGUGCACGACUUCUUGCUUUGCGUGAGUUGGGUCUUCCUAUUACCAUGACAGCUGAAGAAAUUGAACUGGAGCAGGUACCUGGUGGGCGGUUAGAUCAGCUGCUACCAUCGUGGGAGGAUCGCAUCAAGAUCAAUGUAAAACAUAUCAUUCUAGACGAGGAACUAAAAAAGCGGAAGUGCGUUGUGGCGACUGACUCCAGAGCGGUCCAAAUGAAGCAAGAAGCCGAAAUUGAUGCGGCCAAACGACGUGAAGCUGCUGAGAUGGAACGCAAGCGCCGGGCGGAUAUGGACAACGCCUGGGAAGCGUCUCGGGAAGAACGCGUAAGCGGUACGCUCACUUAUUUCUAA